AUUUAAAGUGGGGGCAGGCGAGAGAGAGAGAGAGAGAGAGAGAGAGAUCGAAUUGGGGUUGUUAGGGUUUGCUAGGGUUAUUGGAGGAUGUCGACGGCGGCGACGUAUGAAUUGCCUGAAUCUACGGCGAAGAAGGCAAAGUUGACGACGAUGACGGUGACGCCACAGGAGGAGGGACCUGUCUACGGCGUUGAUGAUGAUGAGGACGAGAUCUACAACGAUGGUCUCCAUAUGAUGACCGACGAAGAGAUGAAACGCUACGGCGAAGCUGUCAUGCGCAGCGAUGGAUUUGAGGUUCCUGAGUUCCCUAAUGUUAUUGCUCUCGGUCUCAUCAUACCCAUUAUGAAUAAUAUCUCCGGGAAGUUCAGGGGGAAAAUUCUUAAUUAUGCCCGCUUUGCCAUCGAUCGCCAAAACGAAGAGAGAGUGAAAGAGGGUGCCAGGGAGCUCCAUCUCGAUAUCACGAGAAUCGUCAACUGUAAUGCGGAGGUCUCUUGCCCUGUCAACUAUUACAUCACUUUCGAGGCCAAAGAUCUCGACACGAAGGAGCUUGAUCAAUAUGAAGCCAUGGUGGUCACCAGAGUCCGUCAUGAUGACGACAAUGUUCCAAUCUUCAGGAAAAAGACCAAACCAACUAAUCCACCAGUGCCCACAGAGGUAUAAUUCCUGGUUGAGACAUGCCAAUUUAAUUUGAACAGGAGCACACAUGCAUGGUUUGCUUCUUAGUUUUUGUCCUCUUUUUUUUAUGCAAGAAACUAAAGCAUGGUUGUCACCAGAAAUUUGGCUAGUUUUAUUUAGCUUGUUGCGUAUGAAGGAUCUUACGAUGAAAGUUAAAUUGCCAAUGAGACAGAGGCGGAGCAACUAAUAAUAUGCUUACUUCCCCCUUCUUAACA